UUAUCUGUAAUAACGCCAAGAAAAUUUAUUAUGGAAGCCUGAGAAAAUGAAUGUCAAAUUUCACAAAAUUACAUCUUACACACGAGAUUUUCAGAAUUUUAACAGUGUUUUCACCAUUCUUGUGAAAUUUGACAUUCAUUUUCUCGGAUUCCCAUGAGAAAUUUCUUUGGUGUUAUUACAGAUGACUAAAUAAAUCUUUAGACCUUGAGAAAUGUAAAAAUCCCGGCUAAAAAAAGACCAAAAGACGUUUGACUGUGGUGGAAACAAAUGAAAGCCUCCUAUAUAAUAAGCCGUCCUCUUAACCAACGAAAGGAACAAACUGACAUCGCAACAAAAGUUUAAGUUCAAUAUUCUUUCGCUUCCGCAUUUUGGAGAAUAUUGGCUGUUGGCACAUUGAAUCCUUUCUGAAAUACAAUAUACUUAUUCAGGUAUUCUUGUUUUGCUUUGGUAAGGCAGUUGGGGGAUAUAGUCAAGACAGAGCUGCUUGUGGUCACAUGAUGGUAAAAUAUCAAAUUAAAUCAGCUUGGAUUUUCUGGAACCGCUCAUUUUUGUGAACACUGUAUGCAAAGGGGAGAAAUGCAUUCGGCUAAUGCAUCUCUUGAGUCAAACAGUAGAAACAAGACUAGGAAUUAAGUGCCUGUUCCAAUACGAAAACGCGAGUUGCGUUUCAGAGGCCACUGUUGGCAAAUAUGCAUUAAUUGUAAUGACUUCUAUAGCUAAGAGAGCUAUUUUAAUAUGUUAAGUUUAAGACAGUUUUAAUAUCUGUGACUGUUUUCUAAAAAUAGCAUUUUGAACGGAAGUUCAUGAGAGUUGUUUUAUCUCGUCUUUGCGUAUAAUCCAGUGGCGAUAUUGCAAAUACAACUCAUUGCGGCAUCACAUCAAUGUUAACGCUGGUCAGUCAGUGAUAUGUAUUCCAUUAAAAAACAAGAUAAGAGAGCAAGUGCAGAUACUAACAUUACCUGUGGGCAGUUAGGAGACCUUUCCAGCAAUAUUAGGGGUACCAUGGCAACAUAUGCAAGACGUCAAUCGUAGAAAUAUAAAUUCAUUUCACAGGCAGGUUCAAUUAAUUUUUGAACAACGAGCAAGAAUUUUGUUUGGUUUUGAUUUGUUUUUUUGCAUUCAUUGUAAAGCACUGCAAUGGGAACAGAUGGGUAUAUGUAGUUUUACAGUACAAGAACAAAAACAAGAGCAGCAAGGUUGUCAGACCUGCAUCAAGAUAGCCAAAGUCAGGAGCCCAGAACCCCUGCCUGAGUGUCAGGGGUUUCUGGGGGAAAGGGGAGAGAAAGAUGUGAAAAGUUGAGACAGCGAAGGGAAAGAAACUUCCUCUCUCUCUCCCUACCCCCCCUCUCCUCUCUACAAUUUCCUCUUCCCUACCCCCUGAGAAAGGGCUAACACAUGCCACCAAGCCUCGUUUGUAACGAAAAUUAAAGGGCAAAGGGCAAUUAAAGAUUAAGCUCAGCCCCGUGGGUUUUAUAGGGCUCUUUCGUUUCAUCGUCGUCAGUUUUUAAUAAAGUGUAUACUUAUUAUAAUGAGUUUGUGAUCAUUUUGUUUCCUGUUUCUUAGUCUCCGCCUUAAUUAGUUAAAGACUUUCUGUAAUUUGAUAUUCUUUGCAUCCUGCUGAAAAGGUUCGAGACCGGUCGACUAUUUUUAAACAAUUAUCUGGAGCGCAUUUGAAACGAUCAUAUAUGGACCUUGAUGACGAUUAGACGAAUAUCUUUUUUUGGUAACGUCACGGAGCCCGCAUCUACGUCAUUCGCUGGCUAUGAAACCUCAUCUAUUUUCUGGUUUGAAUAUUGGACAGUUACUGUAACACUUUAACCAGACUAUUGUCCUACUUGCUAAACUGAAACCAGCCGAGGAUGUAUUUUUACCCAAAGAAGGAAAUGAUUGAAUCUUACUAUCAAUAUCACUAUUAGUUUAGGAUAUAUAAUUGCCUUCACACUAUAGGUGUCUUUAGGGUUGUAUAGUUAUUGAGGUGAAGGUGACUCAGCUAAAGGUGCAAAAGGCGGAACAUGUACUGGGUUGUCGUUCUUUUCUUGGCUAGAACUGUGUAUAGCAAUUCGCAUAAUCCUGAUGGUAAGGUCUUCUUCUACUUAAUGAAACAAACGCCUACCAGAAAAAGGAAAUGUUAAGAUUGUAAGGGCAGCUUCCCAAAUCUACCAUGACCUAAUUAAAAUAUUCAAUUGCUGGCUUUAAACAAAUUAAUGUAGUCCCCUCAAAGUUGUUUUUUGAUAGACCCAAUUGCAAACAGCUGAGUUAUAUCAUUUUUAGGGUUCUAAGGCUUCUGCGACCAAACUCGGAAAUAGUUUGCUUUCGCAUCUUUUUUCUCCAGCCUUUUAAAUUUUCAUGAAAGAGCUUGCAGCUAGCUUGCGGUAUACUAAACAAAAUGCAGUUUAAAGCACCAUUCCCUUGCAUUCUUUAUGUAACUCGAGUUUGUUCUAAAGGGCUGUUUUAGUGAGUUACUGACAAUUUAAUUCAUUGAAUAUUAUUUCGUGUUCGUCUCACGAAAAUCUGGAUUUAGAGAAAAAUACCUAUUUUUUUCCUAGAACUUGAAUUAAACAUGAUUGUUAGUUUAUUGACGGUGAAUCAUUUUAAAACUUAAUACACAUUACAAAUAGCUGAAAUUUAGCAAUGUAUUUAGAUUUCCUUUUAAAGAAGUUCUGAGUGCACCGGAGAAAAUACUUCCUUGAUCAGUUCGGUGUCAAAAGUAUUAGUCACCUAGUCAGAGGUUCAAGUACUCUCCUGGCUUAACAGAUCAGAAUGCAAAAUUAACGCCUGCGAAAGAAUCAUUUACUUUUCAAUUCUAUAUUUAAUUCAUUUUUUAAGUUAUAAAAUGUUAAUAACGCCCGUUCCCUUUUAAUUUGUAAUUAACAACUAUUAGAGGAAGCUGCCCUUACCAAACCAUAUGUAUUUUGAAACUGAUUUUAAAGUAUUUAAAAUGUAUUUUCAGUAUUUGAACACUAUUUUCCUGUAUUUUAAUCCUAUUUGACAAAAAAUUUAAAUUUUCGCCCCUGUUUGAAAUAUAUCUUGAGUGUAGUUAAAUUGUAUUACAUCUAAAGGAAAACCUCUCUAAUCAAUUUGCAAUGUAUUUUGUUUAAUAAAUAUGAUUAAAAUACGGUAUUUAAAAUGUAUUUUGGGCAUAGAACCACUAACACGGUUACAAACAGAGUUCGAAUAGACUAUUUGAAAUAUGUUUUAAGGGCUUUUAUGCUGACUGUAAUUUAAUUACCUUUAAAUAGGGUACUUUAACUCUGUUUUGAGUUGUAUCUAAAAUGUAUUUUGAGACGCAUCCACUCACAAAGUUACAAGCGUAGUUCAAAUAGACUAUUUGAAAUAUGUUUUAAGAGCCUAAAUGCUGACCGUAUUUUACAUCCUUUUAAAUAGGGUACUUUAACACUGUUUUGAGUUGUAUCUAAAAUGUAUUUUGAGACGCAUCCCCUUACAAAGUUACAAACAGAGUUCAAAUAGACUAUUGGAAAUAUGUUUUAAAACCUUAAGAACUGACUGCAUUUUAAAUACUUUUAAAUAGGGUACUUAAACACUGUUUUGAGGUCUAUUUGAAUUGUAUUUUGGGCACACAACACUCUGACUAUAAAAAACAGAUUAUCCAUAAACUAUUUGAAGUCUGCUUAAAGACAUCAAAUGCUGACCUUAUUUUAAAUACUUCAAAGUAGGGUACUUAUAGCUUAUUAUUACUGAGGUGCAAUAUUGUAAUGUCUUUUGGGAUACUUAUACUUAGACUAUAAAAGUAACAAUUGCACAAAGUUAAUUUUUAAGCCUUCAUCGUGUCACGAACUCAUAAAUAACUCAAAACAAGCUGUCACAUAUUGUGGACCGGAUUCUCCUCUCAACAAAGUUCGAAGCUGAGGGAAAAAUUAAAUCUAAAUUAAAUAAAGAAAAGAGAAGAAAAUUAGGAAUAGAUUUUAGCUUUGACUGACAACACGUAACUGUGACAGUGUGCCGAUAAAAGAUCAAUCCGUUCCUCAAUGUUCAUUACCUGCAAGCUCUCUGCGAAAAUCUCCGCAUAGAUUUUAGCCGUGAUUCAAUUAAUGCAGUUACGGGACAUUCCAUAAGUUUUUUAAAAGAAACUUCUUAAAAUCGCAUUUUAAUUUCAUAUAGAAUUUUUUCUCAAACAGCCGAAGCCGCGGGCCGAGAACCGGAUGCACGCGGUCAACAGAGGUUUAUCUAAAAUAAGCCCUUGAAAUUACAUAACAAAUAAAUUAUCCAAGCUAAGAUCUCACCUCGUAUAUAUUGCAUCAAGAAAGAAAGCUCAGAUCUGAAUAAACUCCGACAUAUGGUUAUCUUUUUCUCAUAGAUUAUUCCGCACAUGCAUGGCAUAUUAUUUCUAAGAUGUCACGCGCGACUGAAAUCAGGACUUCGCGCCGCGGUGAUGUGACAAAUGCACGUGAUAAACAAACCGUCCUUUGUCCUUUGCUCAUUUCAAAUUAUUGAACCGGCGGUUUCUGUGAUUGCGGGUGCGCUUGAUUUUACUGUUUGUUACGAUCUUACAAAAGUACAUUUCAACUCUGCGGAUUGUCUGAACACGUAGAUGUUGCAUUUAUCACGAAUCAAAAAUGGGUAUGACUCCUCAGCGACUACUAUGUACUUUGAAAGCUUCUGGUGCUGUCUUGUGUGUUAAUCCAUGAGUCUUCUUAUGUGAGUAUUAUAUACAUUCCCUCUAUAUGCGUAACAUGUUACUAAGACGCUUAAGUAUACGCCAUAUGAGAAGCAAAUGAAGGGUAGUAAACAUUUAUAUACUCCCGCCUGUACGGCAAUUCUAGUUUUUACAGGGUUCCAUGCUCAGCCUCGCUGUUCUCAGUCACUUGAUGUCACGUCACCGACCGCUUUCAUGCUCGCGUAAAUUUGAUGGUGUUAUUCUUAUGAUGUUCUUUAUCAGCCAAUAAUUAAUGUUCAGGCGUAGCCUGCAAGCUUCUGAUAAUAUUUGAGUAAAGCCGUGAAUAUAAUAAACAAUGUAAGUUACAUGUAUGUAGAUUAUUAUUUACCGGUAACGUCAGUAACGCAAUACCCGAUUGAUAGCCUGUGUACAGACCCCCCUCCCCUACGAUUUUUAUUGAGGGAAGGGGGUCUGUACACAGGCUAAAGAUUGAUUUCAGCAUUUCUGAAAAAUUCCAUAAGAAUUUCCCGAGAAUUCGUAGGGAAAUCAACAUAAAGUAAUCGACUAAGAGAUAAUUCUCGUGAAAUCCUAGCAUAGGACUGUGUGGAGAAAUUUCGCAGAGGUUCAUUUUGCUUUUUAAUAAUAAUAAUAAUAAUAAUAAUAAUAAUAAUAAUAAUAAUAAUAAUAAUAACAUGUUUAAACAGGAUGACCAUUUCAGUUAUAAAAACUGCUAUCAAUAUGGGUCCUUUUUCAGGGUAAUUUUCGAUGGUUUUGUAUUCAUUUUAUUUCAUGAAUUUAAAUGGUAUUUCCAUCCUGUUUUUGGAUUGUUUUUAUGCUCUUUCUACCGAUUUUUGUACUGUUUUCAGACAACUCUAAGGCUACUUUCUUACAAUUUUUAUACUGUUUUUGCACUUUUGCAUCCUAUUUUUGAUGUAUUUUCACAAUAUAUGCGUGCUAUUGCUUUUCUUCUUCUGUGGUAUUUUAAUACUAUUUUCAAAGUAUUUUUAUUGUAUCUGCAAAUACGAGUAUUUUACUAAAUUUCGAAACUGAUUAAACAGCUAUUAAAAUAUAUUUUGAAGCAUAACAUUUUAAUAGCGUUUUAAACAGGUUAAAACACCUUUAAAAUCAGUCGAAAAAUAUAUUAAAAAUAUAUUUUUGGACCUAUUUUAAACCUGUUUUUUUCAAAAUACGUUUAAAAUUGCCAUUAAAAAUAAAAAUAUGUUUCUGAAACUGUUUUUAUCCUGUUUUUGUUCCGAUUUAUAAGGUAUUUAAAAACUGUUUUAGACCUGUUUUGAGCCUUGCAAAAGCCCUGUAAUUUUUUAUAUAUUUUAAACGAAUUUAAAAAUACUUUAAAAAUUCUUUUUUAAUAGCGUUUUAAACAGGUUAAAACACCUUUAAAAGCAGUCGAAAAAUACAUUUAAAAUACACUUUUCACCCUAUUUAAAAUCUAUUUCACAAAACAGGUUAAAAACAGUUGUCAAAAAUAGCUUAAAAAUACAUUCAAAACAGUGUUGGAUUUGGUAAGGGUGGCUAUGAUUUUAGGAAUUACGCGGGUCUGGGCGGUCUGUUAAAGAAAUCUGAGUAGAACGCACAUAAACUUGAAGUAUUCUACAAAGUUGCCUUCUUACUGCAUUCGUAUUUUAUUUAACUAGAAAAAAAAAGCGACACAAUUCGAGAGCCUCUUUUGUAGUAAUGUCAGUACUUUGCGUAAGAUAAAAAUAAACUGGAUCCCUGAGAUAUGGAAUGUAAUUAUCUCAGAUACAUUCUUGGUAUUGGGAAAUUGAUAAGUCAGAACUGUCUUUUAAUAAUUAUGUUUCCACGUUUUGACCUAAAUGUGCCGUCUUCUUCGAACGUUUGUUUGUUUUGGUAGAAAAUCGAGGCAUUUAUGAUCCAAACCUCUUUGAGGGAGACAUGAUUCUUUCACCAAAGCAGCGAUACAACGCAGAACAUGGACGGGAUGUUUUUGGCUCAGACCGCAAAAGAGGUGCAAGCAAGUUCCCUCUGUGGCCAUAUGGGGUACUUGUCUAUACAAUCGAUUCCUCUCUUGGUGAGUAGAUGGUGAAACCCAUGUCAAAUGCUGGUUGGUAUUUUGAGUUAAAGGGACUGGUUCACGAUAAUGCGCAUGCGCGCCGUUUGUCUCUUCAGAAUAAAUUUGUUGGGUCAACACUAAAUUCGAAAUCGCCAUUACCGGUACGAUCAUUGAAAAUCCUUCGUUUUAUUCGGACAUCCGUCGCUUUGGCUGGUCUAGUUAUACUUCGGUAGUGGUGAUUAACGUGUGGUUGUGUCGUUUGACUGGUUGCGUUUUAAAAAGACGCAAAAAAUAAUGUUUUGAUCAUGGAGGUUCAGAAAAGCAUCGUGGCCGUCCGGCAACAGGACGUUCUCAAGAGUCUCUGGAGAUAGAGAAGCUUAACCUAUCGAAAUGGUAUGGUUCUAGGAGUAGUGUGUGGCAUACGAAAAGAAUACACGAGCCUUGGAAAGUGGUUAAAGGCAUGAGUUCGUUCAACUUUGAUUUGAUUUUUGACUCCGACCUGUAGUUAUACCGCAACAGGCCGCGCGAUCUUUACCGAUCUGGUACACUUGAAAUGUUCCUUGUAUCUUUGCUUUACGAACGUAUAUGUUUAAGAAUUGAUGUUUUUAAAAUAAAUUAUUGCCUGAAUAUUCUGUUUAUAAUCUAGUUUCUUUAUGUGUGCUACUCGAUAACAUUUGUUUUGCGGAACAUUGACCCGAUGCAACGCGAAUGAAUUUGUUCAUUUGCUGAUAAGCAAUUGAAAUUUAUGCUCAGUUAAGGAUAAUCUUUAUACUCAUACGUUGUGUGUUUUUGUCACCGGCCAGGCGCUAUUUGUAGGUAUUUCUGGGUUUAUAUAAGGCGAACUGAGAGAACAGUAAUAAGAUGUUUGUUUACAAAUUUUGUUUGCCGAUCGGUGACUGUUUUGUUAGCGUGGGUACGACCUCGUAAAAAUACACGUUGGUAAAUGUUUGUUUCAAAGCAAGACAGGGCUGUAAAUCUUAUUCUUAUCGGCUGCAACAUAUAUCUGAGGAGUAGCAAAGAAUAAACUUGAAUUAUGGGGAUAAAUAAAUUCAAACCAAAUGCCCGGAAAUACUCUCGCGUCGCGAACAAUUAAUUUGAAUUUUGUAAAUCUACUUGCGUGCAUCUAACUCGCUUCCGAUUGGUUGAAAAACAAUCAGCUACUGUCAGAACUCACACAUGCGCAUUAUCGUGAACCAGUCCCUUUAAGAGUAAAUCAAUCCUGACCUAAGUGAUACAAUACGAUUUCGUUUAUGGCCACGUGGAGAACUUGUUUUCGAAACCUAGCCGCAGCUUAAGGAAGUUCCCUAUCAAACCCAAAGCCUCUGGACGGGUACCAUUGCAAAAUCUAUAACGUCAGCGGAAAACAGUGCACUGACGGUUUAAAAGACACUGCGAAUUUUGACAACUUUCACUUUCAUAAACUUGUACACCUAGAAGUAUUUCUUUGUGGCAUUUAUGAAAAAUCUCUAAAUGACUCGUCCCUCGGGAAACUACUCACAGGGUUUGGAAGGGUAUUCCCUAGAUCCAGGAUUUGACAUAAAUACAGUGCGGGAUGCGGGAAACGUUAAAGGGAUACGAGAUUUGACUGAAAUAUAGUGCGGGAUGCGGGAAACGUUAACAGGAUAAGAGAUUUGACUAAAAUACAGUGCAGGAUUCGGGAAACGUUAACGGGAUACGAGAUUUGACUGAAAUACAGAGCGGGAUGCGGGAAACGUUAAAGAGAUACGAGAUUUGAUCGAAAUAAAGUGCGGGAUGCGGGAAACGUUAACGGGAUAAAGGGUUUGAGUGCUAACCUGCCAAAAUCUGGGCACUGAUGUGGGACUGGGAAAGGAAACGAUAUUCGGGAUAGCAAUGAAGGAAGCUCGGGAUGCGGGAUUCUCGUGAAAAAGGAGCGGGAAUGCAGGAUCAGAAUCUCCCUUUCCAGACCCUCAUCUUACUUUCACUGGUUUCCCUUAAUUCCGCUGAGAUUAUCGAAGCCAGCCAGUAAUUACCAGUAAUUUAUCGAUUGCAUUCCUGUCGUACUAACAUCAAGAAAUUCACAAUUUUUUUACCAAGGAUCAAAAAUCUGGACUUGCCUCCCUGUGUCUAUUGCAAACUUGUCAAGAGCACAAAGUACUAGAGGUUUUAUUAAAAGUUACUGAAUUAGCCUAGCCGCACUCCUUUAAUUUGCAGCCCUUAUUUCUCAACACAUUGUGAUGUCGAGGUGACGUGGCCUCUGCUAUAAGCCUGGUGGUUUCUUGAGGUCACCUCGCCAAACAACAUGCUGCAUUCUGUACUUUUCAUUUUCAUAUCAAGGUUAAUAAAUAAAUGAUGAUGAUGAUAAUGAAGAAGAAGAUGAAGAUUGUUAAAAACAAACAAACAAACAAACAAAGAAGGAAACAAGUAUUUGUUUCUCCCUGGACCAAUCAUAAAACAAGCGUUGACUGUAGCUUAAAAAAUUAUUAAUAGGGAUUGUGUUUAGAAAGGCUUAAACAAUGAUCACUGUGGAAUUAGCUUACUCCAGAGAGCAUUUACAGGUAACAAGCUGUUGUUUGUAUUUUAGCCAGACAUCGAAAGGCAUUAAGGGCUAUAAGAGCAGGAAUGGCUGAUUGGACCAACAAAACGUGCAUACGCUUUAAGCGAAGGGUGAAUGAGUCAUCCUACGUGUUAUUCAAAAAUGGAAAUGGGUAAGAACUGCUGAGAUUUUUUCUAACUUUAUAAAAUUUUAUUAAUCAGGAGAAACUUUUUGGCAAAGUGGAACACAAAUGAACCUACUUUAACCGCCUGAAUUUAAACUUGAAAUUUGCAAUCAAAAACGUUUUCUCUGGCAAUUUCGCAAAUUAUCAUGCAUUGAGUCAUCGUGAGUGUCUGAUCGAGUCUCGAAUCAUUUUCUCUCUCCUCCGCAGAGGCCUCUUUGUGUUGUGGGAAGGCUGGGGAGAAAGAAAAAGAGAGCGCGCGGGGCACUAUGGGAAGGGGGAAGAGAGAAGAGAGGCCCGCCGUUUCCCUCUUCCCAUCGUCCCCCGCACGCUUUCUAUUUUUUCGAUUAUUUUAUUUUGAUGGGGAUACCCAGCGGGAGCCUCUGCGGAAGAGAGAGGAUCAUUUUUUAUAUUGGAGAAAUAACUUCUUUUAUGUACUUUUACACCUCUUGCCACCCAGUUUAAAAGCCACGUGAAGCAUAAACAAGGAAAUGAUCUGAUAAUUAGCUAUAGCAUGCGGUUCGCGAGAAUUUCACAAAGUCUUUUGAAAUCGGCGCGGUUUUCAUCUGAACUUCAACCGAUAAAACUAGGAACAUUAAACACCGAAGACUUUUUUCGAACUAACGUAUAAUGCGUUGGGAUAUCGGAUAAAACACUCUUUUGAGUGAUUCGUCAUAGUAUUUGGAAUAACUCUCAGAGAAAUUCCCUUAAGAAGCUAAAAUUUGUUAAAAGGGGUUGAUUUGGAUGCUAAACCGCAACCCACGCCCCUCCCCCCACGGUCUAAUCUCUUGUUGUUUCUUGAUUAUGAGUGAAAAACGAUACGUGCUUCUAUAUAUAUUUAGUAAAAUCCAACUAGUGGUCUUUUAAUUAUCAAUGCUGCGUUCUGAUUGAUUGAGCUACUACUAGGCUAUAUGUUAUAGCCCACUAGUAGCGAAAAGUGCCGGCUUUGAAAAUCUAAAUAAUGGCGGCUGAAUUGCGUUUUGCUAGCUAAAAAUGUUUCGUCUCGAUAUUUUUAACCAACCAGUGGGAUUUUACUAACACAAUUAGUUCUCUCGCCCCCAUGGGAACUGAGUCAUUAGCCCAUUCGGCCUUCGGCCUUAUGGGCUUUUGACUCAGAGCCCACUCGCGCUCGAGGAAUAAUUGUUAAAUAUAUACUUAGGUGCUCCUCGCAACUUGGAAGAACUGGAGGGCAACAAAACAUCACUCUAGCAAAAGGAUGCUGGAUCAAGGGCAUUGUGGCUCACGAAAUUGGUAAAUCGACGCAUCAAUUUUUAUCAUCAACUUCAUGAGCAAAAGUAAUUCUAAAAACAUGUUUGCAAAAAAGAUAACUAAUAAAAAUACUAAUAAAUACUUUUUCAGGACAUGCGCUCGGUUUCUUCCACGAACAGUCUCGUCCUGACAGAGAUAACUUUGUCGAGAUAUUGCUUAAGAACGUACUACCGGGUAAGUACGCAAAUUCCAUAUUAUCAUUUUGCCAUCUUUCUCCCAACACUGGAGUGCCAACAUUUUGCAAAUAGGCCAUUUGCACGAUAUGAAGUCUAUCUAAGACCAGAAUUCAUUUCGUCUCUUUCUUUUAUAGUUUUUAAAAUUUGGUAUUCCCAGUGAUGUUUGAGUAACAAAAGCCCUAAUUUGAACAAGGAAACGAACCCCUGAGGGAUUCUGGUAGUAAUAGUAAAAUGACGCAAAUUGUGCAAAUGGCCUAUGAGAUACAUUUAUCCUCAUGUGUCCGGCACAUUUCUCUCUGAAUACAUAGCGACUUUCUGCUAUUCACUACAGGGAAUCGUCAAACGUUGGGUCAUUGAUAUCGACGUAUCCGAGUGUAAUGGACGUGUAGAAGAUAUUGCCGUAAAUGAUCGAUUAAGCGCCGCAUCUUUACCGAAAAUAAGUUAAUAUGCUUGACUCUCGAAUAAGCGCCCCGGCGCUAAUUUGGGAAUUUACAAAUUAACGACCCACCUUUUGUUACGGCGCUUGAUAUAAAGGGAUAUCAAAACCAUAUCGCUAUAUGAGACCUCGACCAACUCGUGAGUUCUAAAGUUUUAAUGUAAGCUCUUGAAACCGGGUUCAUACAACAGUUCGAGGUGUACAUAUUUUAUAUAAUUUAUAUUGUGCAUACCUAUAGUACGCGCCUCACGUAAUUUUCUCGAUACUCCUCUCGAUGUUUUACCCGUAGUUGAAAUAAGCACCGCACCUAUAACAGGGAAAAUGAAAUAAGCGCCGCGGCGCUUAAUCGAUCAUUUACGGUAAUAUUCCAGAUAUUAGUUUAAUUGACGCCGGUCUCCCAUCCCUUUCUCUUACCUUCUUUCAGGUACAGAGGUCAAUUUUCGAAAAUACGGCACUGGUCUUUAUAUUGACUCUCUUGGAAGCAAGUACGAUUACGGAAGCGUGAUGCACUACGGAGAGAAGUAUUUUAGUAAAAACGGUCUGCCCACGAUACGAGUUAAACAACCCGGAGUAAGUUGCUAUCAAAAAUAUUGAGCUCCUUGUAGCCAGUGUGAAGAAAGUAAAUGUUAAAAAGGGAUGAUGGGGAUUUUGAUAAUUAUAAUAAGGAGAAGAAGAAGACUACAUGUACUGUGGGAUAUGAACAUCCCAUGUGACCAUGCAAUUGAAGCUUGAAGACCGGACAUUAUGGGUGUAAACCAUGCAACAGGGACAUGAGAACUGUACAGGUGAUACCGAUUGUGUGGAUAAUAGGGACGUGCGACCACGAACUUGGAGAAGUGACUGGAAAAGUUGGACAGGCGAAUUAGCAUUUCAGUCUUUCUCCACAAAAACUACGCUAUUAGGAACAGUAAGGAUUUUAACGAAAGUUUUAGAGUUAUAGAGUAAGAAGGUGUACUCUAAGAGACCUUUGUUCAUGGGUUAUGACUCGCUUCCUUAGCAAGUAAAUCGGUAUGCGAUCAGCCAUUGCUGCUCCAGUAGGCUCUAAGCUCGAACAUGGUCCCCUGGUUUAAAACCCAAAUAUCUGACUGACCAUUAUUCUCUUUUAGGCUAAAAUUGGCCAAAGAAUUGGUCUAAGUGCUACAGAUGCGAUUCAAGCAAACAAGUUAUAUCAAUCUUGCACCGGUAAAUAG